CUCCUGUCCUCCAGAUCGCGCGGGGGCGGGGCACAGCUGUGCAGUCGCUUCACCUGUCAAGUGCGCUCUCUCGCCGCUUCCCGUCGUGCCUUACGCCCCCCCUCUAAACGGGUCGGUACCAACAUGGCGCCGCCGCCGCUGACCGACCAUGAGAGGCGGAAGCAGAUCAGCGUGCGCGGGAUCGCGGGGCUCGCGGACGUCACGGAGAUCAAACGGACUUUUAACCGACAUCUGCACUUCACGCUCGUGAAGGACCGGAACGUGGCCACGCCCCGCGACUACUACUUCGCUCUGGCUCACACCGUCCGGGACCACGUGGUGGGCCGCUGGAUACGAACCCAGCAGAGCUACUACGAGAGGGACCCGAAGAGGGUCUACUACCUGUCCCUGGAGUUCUACAUGGGCCGAGCCCUGCAGAACACCAUGAUCAACCUGGGCCUGCAGAACGCCUGCGAUGAGGCCAUAUACCAGCUGGGUUUGGACCUUGAGGAGCUGGAGGAGAUCGAGGAGGACGCCGGUCUGGGAAACGGCGGGCUGGGCCGCCUGGCAGCUUGUUUCCUGGACUCCAUGGCGACUCUCGGUUUGGCUGCGUACGGAUACGGGAUUCGCUACGAGUUUGGAAUCUUCAAUCAGAAAAUCUAUAACGGAUGGCAGGUAGAGGAGGCAGACGACUGGCUGCGAUACGGAAACCCCUGGGAGAAGGCGAGGCCCGAGUACAUGCUGCCAGUUCACUUCUAUGGUCGCGUGCAGGCGACGGACAGCGGGAUGCAGUGGACUGACACUCAGGUGGUUCUGGCGAUGCCCUACGACACUCCGGUCCCCGGUUACCAUAACAACACGGUGAACACCAUGAGGCUGUGGUCGGCUAAAGCGCCCGACGACUUCAACCUGCAGAACUUUAACGUUGGAGAUUACAUCCAAGCCGUUCUGGACCGGAACCUGGCCGAGAACAUCUCCAGAGUUCUGUAUCCCAACGACAACUUCUUCGAGGGGAAGGAGCUCCGCCUGAAGCAGGAGUACUUCGUGGUGGCCGCCACGCUGCAGGACAUCAUCCGCAGGUUCAAGUCUUCCAAGUUCGGAUCCAGAGAUCCGGUCCGGACGUCUUUUGAAACCUUUCCCGACAAGGUGGCGAUCCAGCUGAACGACACCCACCCGGCUCUGGCCAUCCCCGAGCUGAUGCGGGUCCUGGUGGAUCUGGAGAAGCUGGACUGGGAAAAGGCGUGGGACAUCACCUGUCGUACCUGCGCGUACACCAACCACACGGUUCUGCCCGAGGCGCUGGAGCGCUGGCCCGUCCACAUGUUCGAGCAGCUGCUGCCGCGACACCUGCAGAUCAUCUAUGAGAUCAACCAGAGACACCUGGAUAGGAUCGCUGCUCUGUUUCCGGGCGACGUGGACCGCCGGCGCCGAAUGUCUCUCAUCGAGGAGGGGGACCCCAAACGGAUCAACAUGGCUCACCUGUGCGUCGUGGGAUCCCACGCCGUCAACGGCGUGGCGCAGAUCCACUCGGACAUCGUCAGGAAUACGGUGUUCAGAGACUUUUUCCAGGUGGAUCCGGACAAGUUCCAGAACAAAACCAACGGCAUCACUCCUCGCCGCUGGCUGCUGCUGUGUAACCCCGGCCUGGCUGACAUCAUCGCUGAGAGGAUCGGAGACGACUUCCUGACCGACCUCCAUCAGCUGAAGAACAUCCUGCAGUUUGUGGACGACGAAGCUUUCAUCCGGGACGUGGCUAAAGUCAAGCAGGAGAACAAGCUGAAGUUUGCAGCCUUCCUGCAGAAGCACUGGCAGCUGAAGGUGAACCCCGAGUCCAUCUUUGACGUCCAGGUGAAGCGGAUCCACGAGUACAAGAGGCAGCUGCUCAACUGUCUGCACGCCAUCACGCUCUACAACCGGAUCCGACUGCGGCCCGAGAGAGCGUUCGUUCCCCGGACCGUGAUGAUCGGAGGAAAGGCGGCCCCGGGGUACCACAUGGCCAAGAUGAUCAUCAAACUGAUCACCUCGGUGGGCGAGGUGGUCAACAACGACCCGGCGGUGGGAGACCGGCUGAAAGUCGUCUUCCUGGAGAACUACAGAGUGUCGUUGGCAGAGCAAGUCAUCCCGGCCGCGGAUCUGUCCGAGCAGAUCUCCACGGCGGGAACAGAAGCGUCUGGAACGGGAAACAUGAAGUUCAUGCUGAACGGCGCUCUGACCAUCGGCACCAUGGACGGCGCCACGGUGGAGAUGGCCGAGGAGGCUGGAGAAGAAAACCUCUUCAUCUUUGGCAUGAAGGUGGCUGACGUGGACCAGCUGGACCGGGAAGGCUACGAUGCUAAACAGUUCUACGAUUCUCUGCCGGAACUGAAACUGGCUGUGGACCAGAUCCAGAGCGGGUUCUUCAGUCCGUCAGAACCAGACCUUUUCAGAGAGGUCACCGACAUGCUGAUGAAUCACGACAGGUUUAAGGUUUUUGCAGAUUAUGAAUCUUACGUAAAACGUCAGGAGCAAGUCAGCGAGCUGUACCAGAACCCCAGAGAGUGGACCAAAGUGGUGAUUCGGAACAUCGCAGCUGCAGGGAAGUUCUCCAGCGACAGAACCAUCGCCCAGUACGCCCGCGAGAUCUGGGGCGUCGAACCGUCUGACGGGAAGAUCCCGCCCCCCAACGAGCCGCUGAUCCAGCGCCAAAGCUGAAGAUCGCAAAUGGAUCGGGUCAUGAGCAGAAACGCUGGUUCUACUCUGAUGACUCGUGACGGCAGAGAGUUCUGUAGAAAACUGCUGGGAAAGUCGGAUUCACUCGGUUUCUAGAAAGCAGCCGGACUGAAGGUUCUGAAAGGUUCGAGUUUGGACUCGCAAACCCGGCUGUGAUGAGGACGGUUAUUUAUUCUCUGGAAACGAAAGCAGAACGUAUCUGUACGUCGUCAUCCUGAAGGAAAUAAAAAUCUUUGGGUUUCUGAGGCCGACUGA